AUGGCGUUGGCCACCUCCCCAUUCACCUCCCCCUUUGCCGCCUCCGCGGGAGCUUUCUUGGUGGCCCUCGCGAGCCACCUGGCUGCCCGCGUUUACACGCGGGAAGGGCACCGUCGCCGGGCCGAGGAGAGGGGCGUGCCGGCCCCGGAUGUGUUGUUGGUGGCUCUUGCGAGCCACGCUCUUGCCGACGUCGCCGCCGGGAAUCGUCACCGCAUCGCCGGCAUUCCCUCCCCCGUUCUCUCUGGCCACCUGCCCGACCCCCUCACGCUUUGUUCCCUCGCUGCCCAUGAUGGCGAGGGCCCCGGCCGUUUCGUUCGACGAGGGGGAGAGAGGCUUGUGGGUUGGUUGAACUGCAGGGAAUUGGUGUCAAAUUACACGCCCGUUGACUGCCAUUUGGAGGGGGAUUUGACGCUGGUUUUGAGGGCAAAUUGA